GUCGCUGCUGCUGACGAUGACUCUUGGAGCGGCUGCUGCGGAGCACCAGCACGUGGUGACGUAAACAAACCCUCGCGGCGGCCCACAGCCAGGCAGCAGCAGGCAGGACGUGAUGGCAGACACGGACUCCACUCAGCGGGUCCAGCAGAUCCUCGAGCAGGCCAGCGAGGAGCUCCAGUCCAUCGCCGUGCCCAACGACGACCAGCUGGAGUAUGACCUCGGCAACCUGAUGGUGACCAGCACCAGCACGCUGGACGAGGCCCUCACCAGAGAUCCUAACAAGAUUGACGACUACCUGCGUAGCCUGGCACGGGACAGUGUGCAGGCUCUACUGAACAGGGUGUGGGAGCUGCCAAGCGAACGCAUCGACAGCGACAUCUACGUCACAUUGCCCAAACCAACCACCAGAUUGCCAAGAGAAAAACCGGUACCUAAGGCACGUCCUCCUACAAGGUGGGAAAAGUAUGCCAGUGAGAAAGGUCUCCAGAAGAGGAAGAAGGACAAGAAAGUCUGGGAUGAAACUCUCAAGCGCUGGGUUCCUCGCUACGGUUACCGCAAGAUUGAAGCAGAGAAAGAGAAGAACUGGGUGAAGGAAGUUCCAGCUACUGCCAACCCUUAUGAGGACCAAUUUGCCAAGGCAGCUGAGAUGAAGAAGGAAAACGUUGCCAAAAAUGAAUUCCAGCGUUUGCGCAACAUUGCCAAAAGCAGGAAGCUGAAGGUUCCCAAUGUAGGUAUUACAGGCAACGAAUAUGCUUCCACCAAGGAACUCAGUCUGGCCAUGCACCAUGCCAAACAUGCAACUGCCUCCCUGGGUAAGUUUCAGCCCGACCUUCCCAAUGAGAAGAAAGUCAAGGGCCUGGGCAAGAAACGCAAGAUGGAGUUCACCACUGGUAGCGGCCAAAUGGAGAAGAAACGCAACAUGGAAGUCUUGGAGAAGAUUGACAAGCCAGGCCUGAACCUUGACGGUGCUGUCCACAAGCAGAUCCGGGACGAGAACGUGGCCAUGGACCUCAAGCGCAAGGGAGGGAAGCAGAACCCCAGGAGAUCCAAGAUGGGCGGCCGGCAUAGAACCAAGUCUGACCAAAAGGCUAUCAAGCAGGGGAAGGGAUUCCAGGGCAAGGGCAAGGGCAAGGGAAAGAGUAUGGGCAUGGGAAAUGGGAAGGGAAAGGGUAACCCAAAAGCUGCUUUUGGAAAGAAAACCAGUAAACCUAAUAUGCAGGCCAAAGGCAGAGGUGGAGGGAAAGGUGCAGGAAAAGGUGCAGGGAAAGGAAAGAUGAAGGGCAAAGGUAAAGGUUAAUAGGCAUGUGAUUACUAAUAUUGUCAAUCUGGAAGAGUUAUUGGAGAAUGUUGAAAACAUAUUAAUGUUAGAUGCUCUACAGCAGAUAAAAAGUUUUUUUUUUA